CGAGUGGUGGUGUCGAGUGGUAUUUAUGUGUGUGGUGGUGUCACCACCCCACACUUCCAGUGCUUUGCUCGCUCGCUGCAGACAUGUGGACUCUCGUGAUCGCUUCUCUCCUGGUGCUGGGCGCUACGUCGUCGCAGGCGCGAGCGAGCGAGCCUGUGUCGCGGCUCGACCACGAGAACCUCCUGCGACCCAACGAGAUCCUCGCCAACCAUAUGCGUAACGUGCUGGCUCACAUGAAGGCGCUGAAGGUGUCGGUGCACCCGCGCAUCCGGCACCUGUACGAGCUGCUGCAGCGCGACAUCGAGUACGGGCGGAGGCAGAGCGUGCGCGGGGCGGGCGGGCCGCGCGACCUGCCGCCCCCGCCGCGCCGCCCCGGCUACGACAUCAACAAACUCAACAGGAUCUACACCACGCAGGCUGACUCCUGAACGGGAGGCAUGCAACAGUCCUCUGAUACAAUAGGGUAUUUGACUAAAAAUACCUCUGAGUAGAUCGCCGGACAAGUUUUCCAAAAAUAUUGAAUUCGUUUUUCGCAUCAUUUAUGGUUAGGAAAUGUUUGGCAGUGGAGGCUUGUAACAUCACAUGCUAGUAAACAACGUACUGGUAAGUGACGUCACACGAGAUUUAAUACCACUGUAUUCCUCUCAUUUUUUAUUUAACAGAAAAAUAAAAAAUACGUUAUUUUUGGGAAACAUGGCUAACGGACUAAUUAUAUAUUUUUUGUCAAAUAUUCUAUUAUUCAAAUGCAUUUAAAUAACAAUAUUUUUAGUUAGUUUUUUAAGAGAUUUUGUUUUGUCAAUUCAAUAUGUUCAAACGAUUUGUUCAAUGCUUACGCUUGUUAUAAAGUAAGAUGUCUCUGGCCUCAGCUGCCCGCAGCACGCAUCAACACAGUCAGUAGUAGCCAUCGCGAGAUGCUGGAGACCUGGGCCCCAACUCUUAUUUUACAAUGGCCGAUGAAUUAAUGAAAUUUGGCUUAAAAUAUCAAUUUUCG